GGAGAGCGAGUUUGUGUUUUUCAGCAUUCGGUCAGUAUAGGUUUAGGGUUUUAGUUGUCUCCUCCCAAAACAAAUGGCUAUGUAUCUUCUGUACGAGUCUUCUUCUGGUUAUGGCCUCUUUGAGGCGCACGGUCUUGAUGAGAUUGGACAGAACACAGAGGCCGUCCGUAGCUCUGUCACGGACCUCAGUCGCUUUGGCCGUGUUGUCCAGCUUACCGCUUUUCACCCCUUUGAGUCUGCGCUCGAUGCCCUCAACCAAGUUAACGCCGUCUCUGAAGGGGUUAUGACUGAUGAGCUAAGAAGUUUCCUGGAGUUGAAUCUUCCUAAAGUCAAAGAAGGCAAGAAACCCAAGUUCAGUUUAGGAACCUCUGAGCCUAAACUCGGUUCUCAUAUCUUGGAAGCCACUAAAAUCCCCUGCCAGAGCAAUGAGUUCGUUCUUGAGCUUCUCCGUGGUGUGCGUCUGCAUUUUGACAGGUUCAUCAAGGACCUAAAGCCUGGUGAUCUGGAAAAAUCUCAACUUGGGUUAGCUCACAGCUACAGCAGAGCCAAGGUCAAGUUCAAUGUUAACCGAGUGGAUAACAUGGUUAUUCAGGCUAUUUUCCUCCUUGACACCCUUGAUAAGGAUAUUAAUUCCUUUGCCAUGAGAGUCAGGGAAUGGUAUUCGUGGCACUUCCCCGAGCUAGUGAAGAUAGUCAAUGACAACUAUCUUUACGCCCGUGUUUCAAAGAUGAUUGAUGACAAGUCAAAACUCACUGAAGACCACAUCCCCAUGCUUACUGAAGUUUUGGGGGAUGAAGAUAAAGCAAAGGAAGUCGUCGAAGCUGGAAAAGCAUCCAUGGGCCAGGAUUUAUCACCGCUUGACUUGAUCAACGUACAGACCUUUGCUAAGAAAGUUAUGGACCUCGCUGACUACAGGAAGAAGCUCUAUGAUUACCUUGUUGCUAAGAUGAGCGACAUUGCCCCUAAUCUCGCGGCCUUGAUUGGAGAUAUGGUCGGUGCCCGUCUGAUUUCACAUGCUGGAAGUCUGACUAACCUUGCUAAGUGCCCAUCUUCCACCCUCCAGAUUCUUGGAGCCGAGAAGGCACUUUUCAGGGCUCUUAAAACACGAGGAAACACACCUAAGUAUGGGUUGAUCUUCCAUUCUUCCUUCAUUGGCCGAGCAUCUGCUAAAAACAAGGGCCGUAUCGCUCGUUACCUUGCAAACAAGUGCUCUAUAGCGUCCCGUAUUGAUUGUUUUGCUGAUGGUGCAACAACGGCAUUUGGUGAGAAGCUUCGGGAACAAGUUGAGGAAAGGCUGGACUUUUAUGACAAGGGUGUUGCUCCACGUAAGAACGUUGAUGUGAUGAAGGAGGUGAUAGAGAAUCUGCAAAACAAAGAUGAGGAAGGCAAAGAGACAGUGGAGGCCUCAGGAAAGAAGAGCAAGAAGAAGAAGGCAAAGGGUGAAGAAGAGGAGGCAGUGAAUGAGGAGAAGUCAGAGAAAAAGAAGAAGAAAGAGAAGAGGAAGAUGGAGACAGAAGAGGAGACUGAGAAAUCAGAGAAGAAGAAAAAGAAGAGUAAGGCUGGAGGAGACGAGGAGACUGAUGAUGGUCACAGCAAGAAGAAAUCGAAGAAGAAGAAGUCUCAAGAGUGAGGAUGACGACGAAUAGGGGAAUGAUGCAACGUACGAACCCUGUUUUCUGUUUUUUUUUAGCUAAAUGUUUUUUUGUUGUGUUUCUUAGUAAACUCUGCCCUAGUGAAUCUGUGUUCUAUUCUGAAAACGAUUUGAUAACAACUUAUGUUUGUCCAUCAUUUUAGGAUUAUGUGCUCUACAGGUUUUGAAGUCCCGC